UUGACGAACGACACUGGAUUUAUUUUUAAUACAUUAGUGAUUUGCAGGAUUUAACAGUACUUUCUCUCAUAUAGCCUAUAUACCAAAACAUUACUUUUCUGAAAUACAUUUGAGUGUGGUCGUCUGCGCAUAGCCGUCAGACUGGCCUAUUCGGCAUUGUUUUUUGGGGCGACCGUUAUCCAGCAAAAGAACGAGACAGAGGAAGAGAGAAGGGCACUUAUUCCACGAGCCUCUUUAGCCCGAACGGAGAUAAAUCGAGGAUAACAUUCGUAAUUACAACCAUUUACGCAACCAGAUAAAGGUGGACAGUCACGGAUACGUCUGGUAUCCAACAACAAGUCAACCUUCAGUCUAUCAUUAUUUUAUUUUGGUGAUCUUAUACCGAGAAAAUUACCGUCCGUGUUCAUGCCAGAUCUGCAGCGCUUUAGUUUUCCAUACCAUAGCAUGAAUCCUUUGUUAGGGUCGAACUCGCUUCUCCAACAUCAACAGCAGCAGAACCAAGGAGGACAGAGUCAUCCGGAUUCCCCCUCAGGCCUUCUGCCCGAAUCCGUCUUCGGCUCGCUCGACCCGACGUCCUUCUUCCUGGGCGACCAUCCCGGACUGGGCACGGAGACUCAGCCAGGGUUCGAUUUCACCACACCCUCACAAGCUUACCUGCAUCUGAACCAUAAUAACCACUCUUAUCACCGGUCUGUGCCCCAACCUCCUGCAGCGAUGGCCCUGAGGAACGACCUGGGCUCCAAUAUCAGUGUCCUAAAGACUCUGAACUUACGGUUCCGAUGCUUUCUGGCCAAAGUGCAUGAACUUGAGCGAAGGAAUAAGAUUUUGGAGAAACAACUACAACAGGCGUUGGAUGCGAAGAACAGCUGUGAUGGAAGUUGUUCUGAAAGCGCUAGACGGGCCCAUACCCAAGAAACGGGUGUACAGACCGGGUUUGUGGGAACUAUCCCGCUCAGGCCCGGGUCACUCCCGUUCCAAAACACCAACAACUCCGCGAGACGACCCACUACCCUCUUCACACCUGCCAUCAACACUGUCUUUACGCUUGAGUCCAACAACAAAGCUGAAACAAACCCCACCGAACCGAAUCAGAAUCCGACCAUCACGGUAAGCCUAUCAACCCCGACAAUCGACUCUCCAGCUGGGUCCAAUUCAAUCACCAACGGGAAAACGGGUUUCAGUACCAGUAGUGGCACUGGAACCCCCACCAACCCGCCUCCCCGGUUCCUCCCCGGUACUAUCUGGUCCUACAACCAUACCCGCAAGCUCGCUUCUGGCGUGGAGACGCGCGUCACCAGCCCGGGUGUGUCCUGGGUCCAGCCGGACGGGGUCGGGGUCCAGAUUGAUACCAUUACCCCGGAGAUCAGAGCCCUGUACAACGUCCUGGCCAAAGUCAAGAGGGAGAGAGACGAGUACAAACGCAGGUGGGAGGAGGAGUACACUGUCAGAGUGGACAUGCAGCAGAAGAUGGAAGACCUACAGGAGGACCUCCAGGAGAGUGAGGGCUGUCAGGAUGAGUUGGCUGUCAGAGUGCAGCAGCUGAAGGCUGAACUGGUGCUCUUCAAAGGCCUCAUGAGCAACAACAUGUCUGAUCUGGACAGUAAGAUCCAGGAGAAGGCCAUGAAGGUGGACAUGGACAUCUGUAGACGCAUCGACAUCACGGCUCGCCUGUGUGACGUGGCCCAGCAGAGGAACUGUGAGGAUGUCAUCCAGAUGUAUCAGGUCUCUAACACCCAGUCUGCCAUCAACUGUCGCCCCCGGAAACAGACCCCGCUGUCCGUCAACAGUAGUGAGGGUGAUGAGACUAUCAGCACCUCGGAGAGCGAUGGGGGCCUGCCCAGAGAGGAGGAGCUCUGUGGCUCGUCAGCCAAUCAGAUCAACGAGGAAAUGCAGAGGAUGCUCAACCAGCUGCGGGAGUGUGAGUUUGAAGAUGACUGUGACAGCUUGGCCUGGGAGGAGACAGAGGAGACUCUGCUGCUGUGGGAGGACUUCCCAGGAUGCACUCUGGCUCCAGAGACCACCCACCAGCCAGGAGAGGUAUGGAGCGCUUUAGAAUGUUGAUGUUUAGGUAUUCCAUAGUAACUCUAUGGGGUGAACUGAUGU